AUGUCGUUUGCAUAUUCUAAUAGUAGGCAAUUUCUUAAUAACUCUGAAAAACCAGAUUCAACAACAAUUCGUCGAACAAUUGUUGAACACGGUGUAAGACCAGUAGAAAAUGAUAAUAAGACUCAAAGUGGUCAAUCUGCAACUGAUGUUGCUAUGAAAACAAUAACUAAACAACAUCAAGAUGAACAACGUGAAUUACAAGAAUUAAAUAAUAAAUUAUAUAAAUAUAUAGAUAAUGUUCAACGCUUAGAACAUCGAAAUGCAGAUUUAUCGGCUGUUGUUGAAGAUUUAAAACGUAAAUGGGGUGGUGAUGCAGCUCAAUUACAUGCAUUAUAUGGUCCAGAUUUAAAAACCCUACGUGAAGCAAUUGAUGAUAGUCAAUAUGGUCACAUUUCUCAGGAACUUAAAUUAAAACGAUUUGAAUAUGAUAUAAAUCAAGCAAAACAAUUGAUAGCUGCAUUUGAUGGUAUUAAAGUAUAUGAUCUAAAUGGACUUCAACAAGAAUUAAAUAUGUCAAUUCAAGAAUUAGAAAACAUCACAGAUCGAUUCAAUCGACAAUUACAACUAUUAGAUCAACAACGUACAAAUUUAGCAAAUUUUCAUAAUGAAUUAGAUGGUUUACAAAAUGAAUUAAUGACUCAUCAGUUAGAAAGUAUUACAGUUGAAAGUGAAUUACAAACAUUAAAAGAACUAAUCGCUUUUGAAGAUGCACUUUAUCAAGCACAACGAGAAGAACUUUUAUCAAUAACUACACCUCUUCUCGAUGUAUCAAACUUCUAUCGUAAUGAAUUAACUCGUGCUAUACUAGAUAUACGACAAGAUUUUGAUGUACUUCAACAAUCUCAAGCGAUUGAAUUAGAAGAAUAUUAUCGUAUGAAAAUAGAACAUCUUCAACAAGAAGUUGCAGAAGAUAAUGAACGUAAACGUUUAUUAAAUAUGACAAACGAAAUAGUUGAUAAAUCUUUACAAACAUCAUCAUGGAAAGAUCUUAAUAACAUUUAUCAACAAUUAAAAAUUGAUAAUCAUCAAUUACAAGGAAAUUUAGAUGCUAUGUCUGAUGAUUUAGCUAAAAUACAAGAAGAACAUAUACGUGAAAGAGAAAUUCUAGAUAGAGAACUUAAUCAACUUCGAGAUGAAUUAUCUAUCAAACAGGAAACCAUUGAUAAUAUGUUAGGAAAUAAUAUUUCUCUUCGUUUUGAAUUAUCAACCUAUAGACGUUUAUUAAACUCUGAAGAACAACGUUUAAAUCGAUUAGAUCAACAACAACAACUAACAAAUUCAUCAGCUUUAACAUCAUCAUCGUUAUCAUCACCACCUCCACGACCACCACCACCACCACCAUCAUCAUCAUCAUCAUCAUCACGGCCACCACCACCACCACCACCAUCAUCAUCAUCAUCAUCAUCACCACCACCUCCAUCAUCAUCAUCAUCACCACCACCACCAUCAUCAGCAUCAAUUCGUCCAAAUCAACAUAAUCCUGUUCGAAGGGAAUCGAAUUUAACUGUACAAAAAAUGGCUAUCAAAAAAGCAUCACAAGGUCCAAUCAUAUUUGAUUCCGUUGAUUUUGCUAAUGAUUGUGUAAUAAUAAUAUAUGAUAGAUAUGCAGGUAAUGAAGAAUCAUUAGGAAAUUGGAUUAUUCGUCAUGAAAAUGAUCAACAAGCACCACAAAUCUAUCAAUUUCCAUCUUCAUUUGUUCUACGACCACGACAGACAGUUCGUAUUGUAUCAAAACUUGGUUCACAAUCAAUAAAAUCAGGAAAUGAUGUAUUAAUUGCUGAUCAAAUUGAUACAUGGGGACAAGGUCAAGUUGUGAUAACACGUUUAAUUGAUGCAAAUCGUUUAGAAAAAGCAAAUAUUACACAUACUCGUGUUCCAGCAUAA